AAAUAAAAUAAACAAAGAACAGCGUUAAAACUUUAAUAUAAAGUGAUAAAUCACAGUACCCAUUCGUAGUAAAGGGAGUUAUAAAUUUUGUAGAAAAUGGCAGGAGAAGUUGUCGUAGAUGCAUUACCAUAUAUAGACCAAGGAUAUGACGAUCCUGGAGUAAGAGAAGCUGCAUUGGCCAUGGUGGAAGAAGAGUGCAGACGCUAUAGACCCACAAAGAACUAUCUUGAAAAUGCAGGACCAGAACCAAGUUCCGCAUUCGAAACUCCUGCUUUACAACGAGAGAUGGAAAGAGUGCAACAGAGAUUGCCCAUGGAACCAUUGUCUAUGAAGAGGUAUGAACUUCCACCCCCUCCAGUGGGAAGAAUGAGUGAACCAAGUGCCUGGGCCGAGUCAGUGGACAACUCUCAUGCACAGCUGUCUCACCAAGCUAUCAGAGUUCUCAAUUUAGAGUUGCAGUUAGAGUAUGGUUCCGAAGCAUGGAGAUCAUACCUCAAUACACUUCAAGCAUUAGUCACAAGAGCUCAAAACGAACACAACCAGUUACGUAAACAAAUAGGCUCUGUGAACUGGGAACGUAAACGCGUACAAACAGCAAGCGGUGCGAGGUUGCGGGCAUUGAGGCGACGGUGGGCGCAACUUGUCUCGGACAAUUAUAGACUUGAAAGAGCCCUACUUCACUUACAACAGGCAAAGGGAGAAGUACCAGUAGAAGAAGGAGAAGAAGCCGAUUUGGACAUUGUAAAGUUACCUGAAAAACUCAAUUCGGAAACAGAGAAGGAAGUGCAAAAGAAAAUUGAAGAUAUGUUUGCGGAUUAAAAGGAAUUUUAGAACUUUGGAGUAGUGUUUUGGCCAUUGAUAGGUACAAUAAGUGGAGCCGCCCUUAUGGCUUUUAUGUUGCAAGAAUCAACUGCUACAUGAAUCGCAAGUAAAUCGUUUUGGUAUGGGAAUAUACAAAAUCGAUAGCAUAACACAUCUAAUAUAAAAUAUUGUGAAAAAAACUGGUUACAUUAUGGUAUUAUUUCUUAAUGGUAAAUAAAUUUUAAAUAUA